GACGCACAUGGAGCACUUACAACACAGAUUUUCAUAAAAAUGGCGCUUUCAGUUUUGGAAUUCAAGAAUUUCGAUUUUAUACCAGACGGGUUUCACAGCUUUGAAGAGACUGUUACGUACUGCAAGAAGUUUACUGAAGAAGUGAGAAAUGUUUUAGAGAAGGUCCAAGAUGAACAGGAUCUUUUCCAGACUCUAGUGAUGAUCCUGGAGUAUUUCACUUUGGCAGUAGACAAGUUAGUGAUAUGUAGAGACAGCCAUGAGUUAGUCAGGUUUUUGUUUUUGGAGUGCUGUAAGCCUCUGGUCAGUCUAAAGCUGAGAGAGUGUGAGGAGAAGCUCCAGUUCAGCUUCAAGGUCACUCUGAUCAAGGUCCACGAUGCCGUGGUGACCACCUUGGGGUUCCCAUACUUCUGGCAGCUGUAUGGUAUAGCCAAGGUACCUUGGGAUGACAUGGUGUGUAAGAUGAUGGCAGAGCAGGACUUGGACACAAAAGAAGUUUUCACGUACAUUGGUUCUCAGGACAUGAACCUCAUGCGCCUUCGUGCAGAUGUCAUGCAGAAAAAUGACUGCGAGGCAUACUGCAUGAACCUUUGCACCUGGCUUCUGAAGCACCCCUUCUACCGCAAUGACACCGACUUAAGGGCCAGGCAGCUCAUGUUACUCCAUAAGCUGGGAGAAAAAGAUAAAUUUCAUCCCAUAGUGAUCUUGAACACCUAA